CAUGAACACACAGACAGACAAGGGGAGAUAAUGGUGCCCAGCUAAUCUUAGGAAACUGAAGAGAGCUUAGCUGUCCAUGUUUUCACUGCCAGACACUCUCUGUCUUUUGCUAACAGAGAGCAGUGGAACUUGCGCUCGCUCUUGAAAGAGGUUCCAAGUUGUUUUUUUUCAUUCAUCUACUUCAUCUGAGGUUUUUCAAACAUGGGGUGCUCCUCAUCCAGUGCACAGACUGUUGAUCAAGAGAAAAGACCAGGCACCAAGCCAGAGGAGAGCAAUGGAGAAACAGUGGCAGUCAGGAACGGCAUCAUCGCAGAGGAUGCAGAAACCAUCGAGGACCAGAUGCAGCUGCCUGUGCAGAGCGCCUUACCAGAUGAUCUUCAACCAGGAGCCGAUGAAGAGGCGGAGGCUGUGUUAGUGGCCCUGGAGGCUCAGGAGGAUCUUGGCUCUGGGGAGGACCUCCUGUCUGCUCCUGAACCAAAGCAAGAACCUGUCGCCCCUGAAGAAUCAGCUCCAGCCGCUGCUCCGGCAGAAGCUGCUACUGAACCUGAGGCUGUUGUAGUGGCGGAGGAGGCAAUACCCCCUGUGGAGGAAGUUGCCCCUGUAGAAACUGCAGUGGCUGAGGCUACUCCUGAGGUCAAAGCCCCUGUUGAGGCUACAGAGGAGGUGCCUGCUGUGGAACCUGUUCAGAGUCUGCAGAGGCCCCAGUGGUUGUGGAGGAACCAGCAGCUGCUGAAGUGGCUGCUCCUGCGGAAGCAGAGGUUCCAGCUGACAAUGCUGCAGCAGUUACUGCCUCAGCAGUGCCAGCUGAAUCUUCUGCUCCAAGCGAGGCUGCAGCACCAGUCGAAGCUGCAGCACCAGUUGAAUCUGCAGCACCAGUUGAAUCUGCAGCACCAGUGGAAGCUGCAGCACCAGUGGAAGCUGCUGCACCAGUUGAAGCUGCUGCACCAGUUGAAGCUGUAG